CGUGAGAUGAGAAGUGAUUACAUCAAAUAAUAUUAAUGAAAGGAAGGGAGAGUACAUUCCUAAUUUAUUAUAAUUACAAUAUAUAGUUGAUGAAGGGGUGGGGUAGCGUGAUAUUCCAUGUGCUUUCAUGGUCUUGAUCAAUUUAUAAAGAAACCUGUUUGUAGCUACCACUUCACACACACCACACACACUGAGGGUCUUAAAGAGAAGAUGAGCGGAGCAGGAAAGGUUGUGUGCGUGACGGGAGCCUCGGGCUUCAUAGCCUCAUGGCUGGUGAAGCUAUUGCUCCAGCGUGGUUACAUUGUUAAAGCAACUGUUCGCAACCUCAAUGAUCCAAAGAAAGUAGUCCACCUAAAGGGACUCGAAGGAGCGGACGAGAGGUUACACUUGGUACAAGCCAACUUAACUGAAGAUGGAUCGUUUGAUUCGGUGGUUGAUGGUUGUGAAGGUGUAUUUCAUACGGCUUCACCUGUUUUGUUUUCAACAUCAGACCCACAGGCAGAACUGAUAGAACCAGCAGUGAAAGGAACACUUAACAUCCUUAGAUCGUGCAGCAAAGUAACAUCUGUUAGGCGAGUGGUGGUGACAUCCUCUAUGGCUGCGGUUUCGCUCAAUGAUAAGCCCAAAGGUCCUGAUGUUGUUAUUGAUGAAACAUGGUUUUCAGAUCCGGCAUUCUGUGAAGAAACCAAGCUAUGGUAUCCCCUUUCAAAGACGUUGGCAGAGAAAGCUGCUUGGAGAUUUGCUGAAGAAAAUGGCAUUGACUUGGUAGUAAUGCAUCCUGGUCUUGUGCUUGGUCCUCUCCUUCAGCCAACUCUCAAUUGGAGUUCUGAGGCUUUCUUGGACAUGAUCAAAGGGAAGGAAGUGUUUCCAGUGUAUCGAUUCGUUGAUGUUAGAGAUGUUGCUUAUGCUCAUAUAAUGGCUUUUGAGAAUCCUUCAGCUAGCGGCAGAUACUGUUUGGUUGGAAAUAUAUUAAAUCAUCCGAAAACUCUGCAGAUGCUGGAUAAGCUCUAUCCUUCCCUCAACAUUCCUGUAACAAAUGCAACAGACAACCCAACCUACCAGGUCUCAAAGAAGAAAGCAGAAAGCUUGGGCAUCAAUUUCAUGCCUUUGGAGGUGAGCUUCAAGGAUACUUUUGAAAGCUUCAAGGACAAAAGCUUCCUCACUUUAUAAGACCAUUGUGGCAUUAUGUGGGCAAAUGUAAUACCCAUUGUGUCCACUUUUUGUGUCUUUAAAUGACAUUCACUAUGUUUUAGCUUAGAGAAGUUGAAAUUGACAAUAAGAUGCAAUUUCAUUGUCUCUUGAAUUA